UCAUAGCCUGUCCUUACUUGUAACAGCAGACAUGAAGCUGUUUGUUUUCAUUACGAUCAUAGCCUACUGCUAUGGAGAUAAAUUGGACAGAACGUACCUUCCACCUCCGAAUGCUGGUACAGCUGGAGGUAGCCCUGGUGCCCUAACUGCUCCUGGUCCAUCAUCUCAGGGUCCUUUUGGACAGCAAGCGUUUGGACAACAGCCAUUUGGACAAAUUCAAUCAACUGGACCCGCAGGACAGCAAAUUACUGCUAAUAUCGGUUCGAAAUCUCCAUCUGGUCCUAGCCAACCUAGCCCAGUUUACGGACCAGCGUCUGGACGAGGACCAUCUAGCAAUGGGUUUGGUCAAUCUAACUCAAAUGGAUUUGUUCCCAAUAGGCCUUCUUACAAUCAAGCUGCUAUUGAUGUUAACUCUGGAUCUCAGCAAAAUGCUGGACCUUCCAAUGGCUAUAUUGCACCAUCGAAUACCUUCGGCCAGUCACCGUCUAGCAAUGCAUACAAUCAACAGCAAUCUUUGUCUGGCCUUCCUAAACAAGGAACAGGAAUUCCUCAAGGACAAGGUUCUGUGGGCUUUGCCCCUGAACGUGCUCAAGCUGCCGCCGAUAGAAACGCUGAAAUAUUGAGGUACACGAAUGAAAACGAUGGUGAAAGAUUCGAGUACAGCUUUGAAACAUCCAACGGAAUAUCUGCUGAAGAGUCAGGUGUGGCUACUGAUGGUGUUAAAGCUCAAGGUGGUUUCUCUUACACUGGUGAUGAUGGAAAAGCCUACACAGUAACAUACACUGCUGAUGAAAAUGGUUAUCAACCACAGGGAGAACAUUUACCAACGCCUCAUCCAAUUCCCGAAGAAAUAUUAAAAUCUAUUGAGAUUAAUGCUCAGGCUGCCGCAGCUGGUACACAAGAAGGUGCUUACCGACCAGACGAAUAUGAAAAUGAAGACAGUUCUCAAGGAUAUUCUUCUGGACCAAUCAACAGACCUCAGUUGCAAAGCCAGGGUCAAGGUCCUAGCCAGCAAUACGGCGGCCCUUCAUCGAAUGGAACACCUACAAGCGGAUCAUUCGGUUUCCAGCCACAGGGUAAUCAACAGUCUGGAUCACAAAACGAAGGUUUCGGACAAACUAUUCCAUCUGGUCAGUCUGGACAGUUCAACAAGCCUAAUCUAAGUGACGCUCUGAAUCAAGCAUUAAAUCAACAAACAAAUACUGCAAGUUCGAAUGGAAUACAAAACCAGGGACAAAUAAAUGCUGCUCAAAAUGGUCCUUCUUACAAUAAUGGACCUCGGGGACAAAGUGGACAGGGUGCUUCUGGUUACCAAUAUAAUCGUCCACAGAAUAACCAAUAUAGCUCAGGAUCAAAUGGUCAAGGUCCCAUCAGCUCAUCUCGUCCACAAUUUAAUAAUCAGCCUUCUACGUCUGGUUCAGGUUUCCCCGGAGCAAAUGGUCGUCCAUCUGGGUCAAUUUCAAACGGAUUUUCCAGUCCUUCAGGACAAAACUCUCCAUACAAUUCUGGAUCUUCAGCUCCGAACCGGGGAACGGCUCCAUCUUUUGAAUCUACUGGCCCUUCGAGCCCAAUUUCCGGACAAAACAAUCAAUAUCAAUCUGGUUCAAAUCAAGGCCAAAACCAAGGUUUAAACCAAGGAUAUAACUAUCAAGCUCCAUCUGGACCUUCUGGACAGCCUCGACCUGGUUCAAGCCAGACUCAAAAUCGACCAAGUUCAGCUAACCAGGGCCAGUACCAGCCAGGUUCAGGAAACGGUUCUUAUCGUCCUACUUCAAACCAGCAGUAUCAGAAAGUACCUAGCAAUCAAUUCCAAUCCGGGUCCAACCAGGGUCAAAGCCAACUCGGUUCCACCACGCAAUAUCAACCUAACAGACCAAGCGGAUUCAAUGGACAGGGCUCGCAGAACCAACCUGGCAACCAAGGCAGCAACCAGGCUCAAUUCUCUGGAGCUAAUCAGCAAUACAAGCCUGGACAAAACCAAGUAUCCAACCAAGCAAUUCAAGCUCCUUAUCAAUACAACCGCCCUACCCAAGGUCUGAACUCGUCCGGCCAAGGAGCCCAAUCAGGCUUCAACACGCCAGCAUCAGGUCCCGGAGCUAAAGGCUCUGAACAGUUUGGCGGACCUCGUCAGCCACCCAGCUUCAACCCACAAGAUGGAUAUACCUAUUAGUAAAUAAAAAACACUAGCGUAAAUAUUGUUACUGGGCAUUAUUGUAAAAAGUAAAAAAAAAAUGUUUAUAGAAAUUUUGUACAUUAUGUAUAGAAUUAUGUUGAAGAUCACUAUGUGGUCGAUUAAAUAAAUGAAA